GAAAUUUGCACAAUUUCUGCUAACCUGAAUGUCUCUGCCUAGUAUCUUUUGACCACUUUUACUCGGUGCAUUGUGCGCAACAGUAAGUGGCUUUCAGGGGACAUUCUUGGAGCGGCUGAUCGUUAUGCCAUUGUCGUCUCGCGUGUCCACCAAUAAUACCGAAAACGCCACAAACAAGGCUGGUGUUUACCGCUCAUUUCACGUCGUUAGAUGUUCGGCCAAGUUACCUGCACGAGCGUGACGCGAUACGUAAAGACAGCACAUCUCCCACUAUGCGGCCGCGUCCCUGAUCUAACGACGUCCUGUCCAAGAUUCCAGUUUCACUAACUCAGGCCUCCGAAUUGACCUCUUCGGUUCAAUCCGACCUUCCAGCACUGACAUGUCUUCAUAUUGAAGCUUGCGCCUCACCUCAUUCCUUCGUCACUCGUUUCUGGCCUUCGCUUCACUAUUAUCCUUUAUACGACCUCUACGAAUCUCACGCUAUCUAUACUAUAACUUUUAACACCAUGGCUGUCAUAUGGGAGAAGGCACAACAAGCCUUUCUUACACUUUGGGACAUCGAUCGCGAAUUUCAGAAUGCGCACGAAGCAUACGAACAAUGGCAGGCUCGGAAUCGGCGCAAGAGGUCGUCUUGGGCCUGUCUCGGCGUAAAAAAUCACGAAGAUGCACUGGGAAAAGCAUUGAGUCUGGGACGAGAAGUGCAGCGAGUCAUGGAGAGGGGGGCAGACUUGUACGGAUCACGAUUCGAGCAGGGCGACUCAACAUGCCACACCAUCCUCAAUGCACAACUUCUUCGCGUACAAUACGAAGUCAGGCAAACCCUCUACGAUACUGCCCUUCACACGACACGUAUUUCUUUACCUCAUGACGACCUUAUCACGACCGCCAAAAGCAUUCGACGCACAGUCCUCCACGCACUAGAAGACCAGAUCGCUCGUUUCGACUCGCGAGAAUUUGUGCCUAUGCUUCCACCACCCCGCUUCAAAGUCGAUUAUUGCCCAUUCGCCGAUCAAUUACGGAACGACCUAAAAGCAACCAAAUCGAGCAACCUACGAGCGCGGAAACUACGGCCAGAACAUCGUCACGACGACCGAGAAUUGUGCCCGCACUGCGACGCAUGCAUUUCUGUAACAUCGCAUUCUGGACUACCAGCCUACCGGGGCAUAUUAUUCACAUCACACGUUGCUCGAGAUCCGCUUGCCAAAGAUGAUCAGACCACAUUCGCCUGCAAUAGCUGUUACAAGACCUUCACGGACUCUUAUGCAUUCCUGGACCACAUCUUCCAGAAACAAAUCGGCAGUAACCGAAGUUGCUUGAAACGAACAAGUUCGCAUUUUACACUCUACCAAAAGGAAUACAUGGAAAGCGAUCCGUCUAUUGUGAAACAGUGCCUCAAGAACUGCUUGAAGAGAGAGCUCAACAGAGUACGAAAUGAGAAGACGAAGAGCACGAUCCGGGUGGUACAAUCGGACAUUCAUCCGAGCAUGCGUAGCUCGACUACAACGAUUUGA